AUGGUCAUGACCGACGAGACUGACCACAGUGGUGGGGUCAUCCUCGAUGGCCCCUUUGACCCGGAUGCACAAGCCACUGUGACGGAUUACAUCGACUACACAGAGUAUCUUCCUGCGGAUAUCAUUCGGUCUCUCACGUUGAUACACGGCCUGAACGACCGGUACCUUGACUCCGCCCAGGAUGUCCAUAGCUUAGCCCGGAGCUACGGCCAACUUCCGAAUCGCGUCUCUGAGGAACGACCAGGCCCCAUUGCGCUGCGAGAAGGUGUGUCGCGUCGCAUGGAUCGAGCGAUUAAUGCCCGCGAGUCUGCUUUCGCGGAGGCGUGCCGGUUGCACGAGGUCGUGGAUCGCCACUUCGACCGGUUGAGCUGCAUUCGACAGAAACUGGAAGCUCUGCCCAAGCCACCGUCAAGAGAGCCGACGCCGCUCCCAGAGCCUCCGUCAAAGCGGCGCAAGGACAAGAAGGAAGUUCCCGCUACCACGCGUAUUACACUCCGGUUGGACAAUCGUGGUGGGAAUGACAAAAGGAAAAAAUCGAGGUCGCGCCGUUCUGGCAUUGGUGCCGAACAUUUGACGGACUUUAAUCCGGAUUCACCUAUCGCUAGCACGGAGCAAGAUCGAAAUGGCAUCUCCUCCCAAGCCUACGAAACCCCCAAGAAGGAGAAGCCGCGCCGACCCAGCUCUGGAACAGGAGUCUCGGGCAGCAAUGCGCUUUCCCAAUUGAAGCCACCACCGGACGAUGCCAAGGUAGGCAGUGAACAUUUGCCAUGGUUGCGACUAACAGAAUGGGAGAUGACGAAGCUGCGCAAGAAAAUGAAGAAGAAUGCCGUGUGGCAGCCGAGCGAGGUGAUGAUUCAACGUGAAUUGGCACUUGCCGGUCGCGGCUGGGAAGCCUAUAAAACUGCGAAAGCGUUGGCUGAGCAGACUGGGUCGGAGUUUGUGGAUUGUGAUGAUAUAGAGACGACUCGCAAGGACGAGAUCGACAGGGUUAUAUCUGCUGGCCAACUUAGUAACCGUGGGAUGAAAUUGAAUGAAGCGAAGAAGCUGAAACGUGAAUUACAGGCACGGGAGGCGGCGGCUAAUGGUGAAGAGGGGGUGACUCCCAGCAAAGCCGUUGCUGGCACCAGCUCUCUCACUCCCAUGAGCCGAUCAUCACGGAAACGGAAGCGUGACGAGGCAGCGGCAGCGGCUGCCGCUGUCACGGAGCAACCUGGACUGAAUAUGCUCCCUACCCCAGUCGCCGCCGCGGCUCCCAUUGUGCCUGGAUCGAGUGACCCUGAGAGUCAACCCAAACAACUAACAGAGACGGAUGCUUUCAUUCAAAGUGACGUGACCUCUGCCUCCAAGCCACUUCGCAAGUCCAGUCGCGGAGGCACAACCACUGAUGCUGCAGACGUGGUCGAGACGGUGGAUCCCAUCAAGGUGGCGCCGGAAUCGCCUCCUGCCGGGAUAGACGCAGCUUCACAGGCUCAUUCGCCCGCUGGCUCGCGACGAUCGACCAGGUCUGUAGCGCAGUCGGCAGCUACACCCACUCCACCGGUGACACGGCCCUCUUCGAGACGCUCUGCAGCUGCCGCAUCAUCCAUUGAACAUGGAGGGUUCGGACCUUUUCCGUCGACCGGGGCCGCCGUUGGGCGAGAUCUCCGUGUGAAGAGUGCGACACCAGCUCGCAAGACUCCCGUUCGUGAAUCAUCUCGCGCUCCCAGCGUGCCGGGACCUAAUCGCAGACGGAAGCGGCCUGCACCGGGACCAGUCUCUUCUGGACAAGACGGAGGGGCGGCUGUUAGUUACGGCCGUCGCAAAGCAAAACCGGGGAAGAGACGCAUCAAUUUGAACAACUCACAGGACAUUCGGGUUGAUGAAGAUGGCGUCGUGGAAGAGAUUGAUGCCAACGAGCCGCGCUACUGUCUAUGUGGUGACGUGAGCUUUGGAACAAUGAUCUGUUGUGAAAACCAGGAUUGCGAAUAUGUCUGGUUCCAUCUGGAAUGCGUCGGACUUUCAGAGGUCCCCUCACGCACAGCCAAAUGGUACUGUCCAGAAUGUCGUGUCAAAUUCGACAAAGGUCCGGACGGAAUUGUCAAAGGCACUUCUCGUCGUUGA